AAUUUCUAUUUAAUUCUUCGUCUUUGUAUAUAUAACUUACCUUGACGACACCCCCUUUUUCUUAUCUUAAAACACCGACAACAUGCGUCCCACACUUCUCACCGCCGCCCUCGCGGUGGCUCCAGCCCUCGCCUACCCGGGCAUGGGCACACCAGAGCAGAACAAGCAGGUCCGCGCCGCCAUGGCCGCGGGCGAAAACUUCCACGACAAGCUUGUCCGCGACAUCACCAAGGCGUCCUCCAACAUCAAGCAGCCCCGCCAGUGCAGCAAGAGGUGCGAGGGCACUGACAACGACGAUGCCGAGGACGGAGACGAGGAGGUCGACGGCGCCGAUGGCGGUCGCGACCCCGACGAGAACCACCACCUCGACUCGCUCGAGCUGAUCGGCGACCUGAUCGGCAUGCCCAACAACAAGCUCUCCAGCACCGGCUUCGCCAUCAAGGAGCUGCUGACCACGACCGGAGGCGCCCCCGAGAGCGGCGAGGCGUACCGUCCCGGCGAGCUGGCCCGCAAGGGCACGGCGGCCUGCGCCAAGGACACGUGCUGCAUCUGGAAGUACGUCGCCGACGACAUGGUGCCCAUCUUCAGGGGCAACUCGGGCCGCUGCACGAACCUGGCCCGCGCGGCCAUCCGCAUGGGCUUCCACGACGCAGGUGGCUGGUCCCGGACCACGGGCCCGCUCGGAGGCGCCGACGGCUCGCUGAUCCUGGCACCCGAGGAGAUUCUGCGCUCCGACAACCGCGGUCUCGAGGAGAUCGUCGCGCAGACCAAGCAGUGGUACGCGCAGUAUUCCAGGUAUGGCGUGGGCAUGGCCGACCUGGUCCAGUUCGCCGCCAACGUCGCCACCGUCGUCUGCCCGCUCGGCCCGCGCGUGCGCACCUUUAUCGGCCGCAAGGACUCGUCCGUCCCGUCGCCCAAGGGCCUGCUCCCCCCCGUCGACGGCAGCGCCGACUUUUUGAUCGAGAUGUUCCGCAACAAGACCAUUGAGCCGCACGGCCUGACCGCGCUCCUCGGCGCCCACACCACCUCGCAGCAGCGAUUCGUCGACCCGUCCCGCGCCGGCGACCCACAGGACAGCACCCCGGGCGUGUGGGAUAUCCUCUACUACCAGCAGACCCUGAACCAGGUGCCGACGCCGCAGCGGGUGUUCAAGUUCCAGUCGGACGUGGUGCUGUCGCAGCACCCGCUCAUCAAGCAGGAGUUCAGCCUGUUCGCGGCCAAGGACAACGGCCAGUCGCACUGGAACUUUGACUACGCCCGCGAGUACAUCCGCCUGUCGCUGCUGGGCGUCAACAACAUCAACACCCUGACCGAGUGCACAAAGUCGCUGCCGCCUAGGAUCAGGGCCUUCAGCGCUCCCGACGAAGACCUCGUCAGCAAGUGGCUGCAGGGCGGCAUCGCCGGCGAGACGGCCAGGAAGAUCAUGAACGGCGACAGCCUCAAUGGUGGCAAGGGAAUUUUGAGUCUCGUCUCGGGGCUUCUUGGUAAGCUCAAGAGCCGAUUCUGAUUUUCUGAUUGGUGAGGGCUUUCUUGUAUAAAUGGCGUUUUUUUUUUCUUUCUUAUCUUGUCUUAUAUAGAAUGGUACCUUUGGUAUAUAAUCCUAGUUUUAGUGAUAUAGUCA